AUGUUGCCGAAAGUUCUACUGGCCCUCCUGAAUAUAUUCAUGAUCCUCCAGGCGAGGCUCGGGGGACAUCUGACUACACUGAAUAACAAGACCAGUGCUCGUGGUGAUGAUUUCGUCUAUGGCCCCCAGCCUAAGCCCCAGCCUAAGAAGCUCCUUUCUGAAGAAACAGCACUCAAUGUUAGCAAGACUGGACGCACAGGUAGCAAACUGCCGGAAGCUUCUCGAAUCCUGAACACCAUCCUGAGUCACUAUGACCACAAACUGCGCCCAGGCAUUGGUGAGAAGCCCACUGUGGUCACUGUUGAGGUGUCGGUCAACAGCCUUGGCCCCCUUUCUAUCCUGGACAUGGAAUACACCAUUGAUAUCAUCUUCUACCAGACCUGGUAUGAUGAACGCCUUCGUUUCAAUGACACCUUUGAGUCCCUUGUUUUGAAUGGCAACGUGGUGAGCCAGUUGUGGAUCCCGGAUACCUUCUUUAGGAAUUCUAAGCGGACCCAAGAGCAUGAGCUCACCAUGCCCAACCAGAUGGUUCGCAUCCACAAGGAUGGCAAGGUGUUAUACACGAUUAGGAUGACCAUUGAUGCGGGAUGUUCACUCCACAUGCUCAAAUUUCCAAUGGAUUCUCACUCUUGCCCUCUGUCUUUCUCUAGCUUUUCCUAUACUGUGAGCGAGAUGAUCUACCAGUGGGACAAUUUCAAGCUGGAAAUCAAUGAGAAGAACUCCUGGAAGCUUUUCCAGUUUGAUUUUACUGGACUGAGCAACAAAACUGAAAUCAUCUCAACUCCGGCUGGUGAAUUUAUGGUCAUGACCUUUUUCUUCAAUGUGAGUCGGCGGUUUGGCUAUGUUGCUUUUCAAAACUAUGUCCCUUCUUCUGUGACUACGAUGCUGUCCUGGGUUUCCUUUUGGAUCAAGAAAGAGUCUGCGCCAGCGAGGGCCUCUCUUGGGAUCACCUCUGUACUCACCAUGACUACACUGGGCACCUUUUCUCGUAAGCAUUUCCCGCGUGUUUCCUAUAUCACAGCCUUGGAUUUCUACAUUGCGAUUUGCUUCGUCUUCUGCUUCUGCGCUCUGCUGGAGUUUGCCGUGCUCAACUUCCUCACCUAUAACCGGACCAAAGCCCAUGCGUCUCCAAAACUCCGCCAUCCUCCGAUCGGUGGCCGCGCCCAUGCCCGUACCCGUGCUCGUGCCGUGCUCGCGCCCCGCGCCCGUGCCCGCCAGCAGCAGGAAGUGUUUGUGUGUGAGAUUAUCACCUCUGAGGGAAGCGAUGGAGAGGAAGUCCUGUCUUGCUCGGUCCAGCGCGCCCCCAGCCCAGGUAGCCCCCAGGGGUCCCGCAGCCCGCAUUCCCGGGUCGCUUGCUAUGAGUGCUGCAAGGGUUUCAAAAAGUAUUUCUGCAUGAUGCCUGAUUGCGAGGGCAGCACCUGGCAGCGAGGUCGCCUGUGCAUCCACGUCUACCGCCUGGAUAAUUACUCGCGAGUUGUUUUCCCGGUCACUUUCUUCUUCUUCAAUGUGGUCUACUGGCUUGUUUGCCUUAAUCUCUAGGUGCCACAAGGUACCCUGUGGGGGCAGCCUCUCCAUUUCCCCGGGAGGUCCCAAGCCCCUUGCUAAGGGAGGUGGGGGAUAGCAGCAGCAGCAGGAGCAGCAGGCGUGCUUAGAAAGUAGCUUUCCUCCCUUCCUACCCAA